ACUUUUCACUGAACGUAAAGUCAAUUUGGGAGAAAUUCCGAUCAUUAUUUAUGCAUUUGUGAGAGCCAACCAGCGGCCUGUCGUCCUCUGCGUGAAUUCGCCUCAUAUUAUGUUCCACGCAGUCACGCGGCGAGGCACCACCGACCGAGUGGAAAAUCUUUUGGCUCCUCGUGACAUUUGCGCUGAAACAACAGCAUCCGCAUAGAAAGAGCAUCGCGCGUGGACCCGGAUGAGACAGCUUUGCCUCCGUCGCUGCAUUUGCAUUUACAAACCGCAGCAGACUGACACGCGCGUUCAUGUAGUCCUGCGUGGCGCAGACUCGGCUUCCUGCUGCUCUAACGGCUGCGUGAGAGGACCACGCACAAACGCAAACACGAGCGGAGACGCGCUUUCAGAAAAUCACUGCCGCUGCAGAGACUGUUUUUUCUGUUUUUCCACCACAUUCCACAGAUAAGCAGGAGCUAUAAAAUCUGAGCACUCAUAAGAAUUCCUAAGCCGUCGCAUUCAGGACAGGAUUUUUCAAUCAUUAGACUGACCCUGAACCACAGUUUUUCCUUUGUUUUUUGGUUUUUUUUUUUUGUGGUCACUUGCACAUCUUUUCUCCCAAACCCAUCUGAGAACUGUAUGCCACACCCCCUCAGAGGGGUAAUGCCAGUCUUGUUAAAUGCCAGCGCCUCUUUUAGCUCCAAACAGGAGCUUCUGGACUUACAGGACUGUCCUCUUAAUGGGGGUCUGUCUCUGGAGACCACUAGUCCAGUGGAUUCCCCAACAGGGAGCCCUGUUGGUUCUGACCCAAGAAGUCCUAGUAGCUUUAGAACUAAUGGCUCCACCCCCCAGAUUUUCACUGGGGUUUCUUUACUCCCUGGGCAGCUUUAUGGCCCACAACCUAAUGAAGAGACUGGGCUCAAGCACAUGUCCGUUGACUUGGAUCAACUUUGUGGCUGGGGGGCUCUGACGCCCAAAGUCCUCCAGGUCUUCAACACCCCUCGUUGGGUGCUGUUCUUCCUUUGUGUGGCCUCUUUCCUUCAGGGGAUGAUAAUCAACGGCUUCAUUAACACAGUGGUCACAUCCAUCGAGCGGCGCUUUGAGCUGCACAGCUAUCAGGCCGGACUCAUCGCCAGCUCCUACGACAUCGCGGCGUGCCUCUGUCUGGCCUUCGUUAGUUACUUCGGUGGGAUCGGGCACAAGCCCCGCUGGCUGGGAUGGGGAGUACUUGUGAUGGCGUUGGGUUCCCUGGUGUUCGCCUUGCCUCAUUUCACCACACCACCCUACGUGGUCAGUCUACCCGAGCAAACGGGGAUGUGCUCAGCCAAUCGCACCAGCCCGUGCAAGGACAAGGAGGAACGAGGGCUGUCCAGUUACAGCUUCGUCUUCAUGCUGGGACAGUUUCUACACGGAAUGGGCGCCACUCCUCUCUACACAUUAGGCGUCACGUAUCUGGAUGAGAACGUCAGCUCCAACUACGCUCCUGUUUAUAUAGGGAUCUUCUACACAGCAGCUAUUUUAGGCCCAGCAGCUGGCUACCUGUUGGGAGGAUACUUCCUCAACAUGUACACAGAAAUACACCUGACGACAGAGAUGACUCCAGAUAACCCCCACUGGGUUGGCGCUUGGUGGAUUGGCUUUUUAGCCGGAGGUGCUGCAGCUCUGCUGGUAGCGUUUCCCAUCCUCGGUUACCCUCGACAGCUGCCAGGCUCCCAGGAGCACGUGGCGAUGAGGGUGUCUGAGGCCCACCAGCUGAAGGAUGGAAGCCAUGUUACAGCCGCAGACCCGCUCUUUGGAAAGACUGUCAAAGAUAUGCCAAGAUCUGUGCUGCUUCUCUUGAAGAACCCAACGUUCCUCUUCCUGUGCUUAGCCGGAGCCACUGAGGCCACGCUCAUCGCUGGCGUGUCCACCUUUGGCCCAAAGUUCUUGGAGUCACAGUUUAGUCUCAGUGCAUCAGAAGCUGCCACGUGGUUUGGGUACAUGGUGGUACCUGCAGGAGGAGGUGGCACCUUCCUGGGUGGCUACAUAGUGAAGAGUUUGAACUUGCGCUGUCGAGGCAUCAUUCGUUUCUGCAUGAUGUGCGCCACGGUCAGUCUGCUCGCCAUCUUCAUCUUCCUUACCCACUGUCCCAACGUGCCUAUGGCUGGCGUCACCGCCCCGUACGGGUCGCCGGCGGAGCAGCAUCAACUGGAGAAAUACAAAGGCUUGUACGACAUUCCAGAGCAUUUAAACAGCUCUUCAAUAGAUGAAAGUCUAACUGUGGGUUGUAAUGCUGCCUGUAACUGUGUCAGGGAGGUGUACAACCCCGUGUGCGGCUCAAAUGAUGUCAUGUACUACUCCCCCUGUCACGCCGGCUGCACAUCCAUCAACCACACAGAGGAGGCCACGGGGAAACAGGUGUUUUCUGGUUGUAGCUGUGUCGUCGGUAACACAUCCUGGGGUAAAGAGGGGUUUGCCAUUGCAGGAAAGUGUGGGAGCACCUGCCACCACAUGAGCAUCUUCCUCUCCUUUUUCUUCGUCGUCAUUGGCUUCACCUUCCUGUGCAGCAUCCCGGCGCUCACCGCCACCCUCAGAUGUGUUCCGGACAGCCAGCGAUCCUUUGCUCUGGGCAUCCAGUGGAUCGUCGUCCGCACGCUUGGUGGCGUUCCAGGACCCAUAGCCUUUGGCUCAGUGAUCGACAUCUCCUGCGUCCUGUGGCAGGAUCAGUGUGGCGAGCCGGGCUCCUGCUACCUCUACCACAACGCAGCCAUGAGCCGGUACACGCUGGUCGCGGGAAUAAUCUACAAGGCUUUGGGGGCAAUCUUUUUCCUGCUGGCCAGUGUCCUGUAUCAGCCCCCGCCAGAGUCGCCUCAGAGCAGCUGUGAGAGCACCGACCAAGGAAUCGGACUCAGGAGCGACCUGCCCAUCAAAGAGCUGCCUGAGGACGGCGUCAUCGUCAACCUGCACGCCAGGUCAUGACAUCACAAGCGAGUCUCGUUUUUUUAAAGGAUGGAACGACAACGCCGGAAAGCCUUUACGCGCACAUUUCCACACACGAUGAAUUCUAGCUGCUGCUCUCUUAGGAGAAAAUUGCACUCCGACCCGUGUGCCUCUGGUCGGGCGCCACUUUAUGUUUCCUGCUGUCAACACGUACGUCUUCCUUUAAAAGCCAAAAACGUGGGAUGGAUGAAGUUAACUGCACAUUUAAAAAUAAGGAAAAAAAUCAGAAUGACUCAGCUGCUCUGUUAGACCCAGAGAAUUACUGCAAGUCAUUGCAAAGCCAGCACAAAUGUAGCCGACAAACUGAGUAUAAACCAUUUCAGGCGCUCUGUAGUGGUCAGAGCUGGUCAAUGGUCAAACACAUCACUGUUCUUCGAUGUUUUUCUACCAACGUGAGCUUCAAAACACAAAUGAAAUUCGAGUUUGGUCACAAACUUGAGGUCUCUCUGCAGAUUUUCUAUGAGGUUGUGUCAUUCGUUUCCCUUCACUCCUGUCUUGGCUGAAUGUUUGUGAGUGGCUAUGAUACAAAAAAAGGAAGCGAAUGUCUUCAGAUUUUGAUUUUUAAAUAAACCUCUGAUAAAAGAAAAAACACCGGUUUAAGUGAAUAAACAGUCGUGAACUUUCAUUUCUUUGUAAUUGCAUAAAAGAGCAGAAAGAGGAAAACGUUUGUGUUUAAAGGAUCUAUGGACGGUUAUAGUGGGCAAAUUAUUUUACCCCAUUAGCAAGAGUGCUGGUCAAAGACACGCAAGUUUGGGAUUUUGAAGCCUUUAUGGCAUAAAGAAGGAGAGGCAAUUGAUUUUUUUUGGCAAAUGUUUGUAUUUUUAAUGAAACGUAUAGAAAUUCCCUGCGUUAAAAUGCGCUAAUGAAAACCUGACUGAUAUUUAAGUAGUUUUUGGUCCCCAUUUGUUAUUCCCUUAGAAUGAUGCUACCCCCACCGUGCUUUACAAUGGGAAUUUUUAUUGGCCAAUGAUUGGUGCACAGAUAAAGCUUGACAUUUGGUAGAUCUGAAAUGUUUGAGAACAGCUUGAAAAUUGCAGUCUUUGUGCCUUUUUGCAUUUUUUUUCACCACCUCCUGCACCAGAAAGACCUGAAAGGAACAACGGAAACUCUAGAAACGACUCCAUCCUUUUACAAAUGCCUCACCCAAACUUUACCUGUGCCGUUUUUAUCCCACGUUUGCAACGUCAGCUGCAAACGACUUUGCUAAAUGUUAAGCCUCACCCUGUGUUGGUUGAUUAUUGGUGAAGUAAUCACUGUACUUACACUGCGUUUCAUAUUAUACCAUUAAGUAAAAAACAACAUUAAUGCAGAAAAUCGGAGGGAAUCUUUAAAUUUAGCCCAUAUGUGGAUCUGCACAUCCGCCUCAUGUCCAAAAACAGAUUUAAAUGAAGUCAUUUCUGUGUUGUGACUGACAGAUCUGCACACACGUUUAGUUAUGGUGCCUUUCUGUAAGGAGAAUGGUAUAAGUGCACUUUAAAAUACAGCAUUUCUUAAGGCUAGUCAAAGUAGUUGGUAAAGAAAAAAUGAAUGAGAAUCUACAUAAACAAAAAUGACCAACAUUUAGACAAAUGCUGCAAUCAUAUUUUGCCAAAUGUUUAAUUCAGGUGGCACUCGUGUUUCCGAAAAAACUUUUAAUUUUCAGCCAAACAGAAACAAAACUUUAAAUAAACUCUGACACGAGGGAUUCUUUUAACUGGAACUUCUUUAAGUCUCUGCAGGUCUUUAGAGGACGCCUGAUCUUGAUUUAGGACGGUUUUAUGCUUUUUAUGCAUUUAAAAACACAAAUCAAAUGUUAUUGAUCAAGUUAAAGAAAAACACUGUUCAACUGUAAUUUACGAAAAAAGUGACAUUCUUGUAGGUAUAACUAUUAUAAUUAAUAAAUCCAUAAAGCAGAGCUUUUUUAGCUUUAAUGAAAGAAAAAAGAAUUUCAAAAUUUUAAAAUACUGCUGCUAAAAAUCACCAGUUCACAAAAUUGAGAUCAGAUCUGUUUGUGUCUGGAUUAUUAGCAGUGAUGUUGGGGAAAGAGGUCGGAAAAGGCGGUGAGUUUAUGCUGUCAGGCUAGUUUGGGACGAUCAGAACGGGAAAGUUCUUUAUCUUUAGGUGUUAAUGCCGUCAUAGAAAUGUGCGUCACUGCUAGAAUACAAAUGAGCCAAAGAUUCACGAAAAGCAACAAAUCGGACAACGUUUAGUUAACCGGAUGAAGAUUUUUUUGUUUUUGCAAAGCAGCUGACGGUCUUUUAUAUUUAUUGAUAUACUGUAAUACUGUAGGUUCUCCCUGAAGCUGAAAUCUCAGCUUUUCUGGAAAAUGCCAUUAGAUUCCCAAAGCGGAUAAAAUGUUAUUCAGAAGCAGCCAGAGAAUUAGCAAAAGAAUCUGUUCUUGUUCUCUGAAGUCAGUUUCUGAUUGUGGCUUUUUCAUUGGUUGUUAUUUUUGAAGCUGUUUUUCAGGAGUUUGAGCUGCUAAAAGUGAAAAGAUCCAGCGCUUUUGUUUAGGAUUCAUCCAGUCAGUACUGCAGCUCUGCAGACGUGGCUUCACUUAUUAAUGACAAACUUUAUUUAUAAAUCCUAUUUAUUGUAUUUUGCACUUUUUCCAAUAUAUUGCAGAUUGUUUGAUGUUAGCAGAACAAACAUUUUAGGGCCACUUUUGAUGAAAAAAUGAAAAGUUGAGAAUGAAGCUAAAAGAAGAUUAGAGCAGGCAAAUAUCCUAUCAAGUUAAAAACAAGUCUUAAACAUUUAUUAUUAUCGUGUCAUUUUUGACAAUGGAGUUAAAUUUCACCUAUACAAUUUAAAUCUUGAAAUAGUUUUUUCUGGAUUGAUGUAGACUAUAGGCGAAACAUUAUUUCAGAAUUAAUUUACAAUUUUAUUUUUAAAGAAAAAAUGAAAGUGUAAAAUCUUUUUUUAGAAAAGAUGAGUGUCUUCAGGAAAAUAUACAAACCCCUUAAAAACAAAAACAAAAAAUAGCUUUAAGAAAAACAAGAUGUUAUGAGGAUAAAGUUGACUUGUUAUACGAUUGACAGAAUAUUUGCUUUUGUCAAAAAUGUUAUUUUGGUUUCAAAAUACAAUUCAACUGAAAUUUUGAGGCUAAAGUCAUCAAUUUCUUUAAAAACUGCAAUGACCAAAUAUUUAUUUUAUUAUUUAUUUGUCAUAAAUGUGAUUUAAAUUAGUAAUAUUGGAAAUACCGUAUUUAUAUAUUGGACUUUUUUUUUUAUAAGAAACAAAAUGAUGUAAUUUAUUUUCAACACUUUGCAAUGGUUGUGAAUAAAAAACCCUUUGGUUCACGAUGAGAACUGUGACAUUUUGAGUUUGGCUCACAUCUGAUCCAGAAAUGUUCAGAAGAAGAAGAACGUGAAGAAUGUGAAGUUUUAUAUGUUUUCUCUCCAUGUCAGUUUUUCUUUUUGAAAACGAGUGUUUUAUUCAUGAUGUUGACUGUAUUUUUGUAAAAUGAGGUCAUUGUGGAAGCUUAGCGGAGGCUGGCCUUGAAGCGCCGCCGUUUUUGCCAUUUAUGGUCUGUUGUGUUUUGCCCCGAAUCAUUUCUGUACAAUAAUGUGAUGAUGUGUUCCUGUCGACGUGUUUUUUCCAUCACUUCUCACCUGUUCAGACCGAUUUUACUUUCAGUCUUUUGUAAUGAAAGCACCAAAAGUAAAAUCUUAGCUUUUCUAAGACUUUUCUAAUUAAACAGAUUUCAACAACAAAAAAUA